CUUGCAGGACGUGAUAUAGGGCUGAUGUGACCCCUGUCUCAUGUCAGCACUGCUGUCGAGGCUCAGCGAGGCUGACCAAGGCAAGGCGUGAUAAUCACAUGUAACCAUAAGGCGUUGAUAACUGACGCCGAGUUCUGUUCUUGGGUGCUUCCGCACCCAAGAUUUCCACCCGCCUACCUACAUGUUCGACACCGCAUCGCCGACACCGCAUCGCCUAGAAUGGCCCUGUUACACGUCAAGACAACAUGGACGGCUUGGGCUUGGGGGUGGGAGUGCUUGGUACUGUUGGGCGGCAUUGGGUCCUUUGCGGCCUUGGUGGCCGUCCUAGCCGCCUUCAACGGCAGAGAAAUCAUAAGCCCUUGGUUGAACGUCGUCACGUUGAACGCCAUCGUGUCGGUCCUUUCGCUCUCCAUGAAGGCGAGCCUCGCCUACCUUUUCGCCGAGUGCAUUGCCCAGUGGAAAUGGAUCUUGUUCGCCCGCGAGGCGCGGCCACUCAUCGACUUUGAGCGUAUCGACGCCGCCACCCGUGGUCCCAUCGGCAGUUCCAGGGUCCUCACAAGAACCAGUGGCUCACUCUCUCUCAAAUUGGGCGCCGUCCUAAGCCUGCUCAUCAUCGGACUCGACCCCUUCUCGCAACAAUUGCUACAGUUCCGGCCGGACCUUGUCAAGGACCGUUUGCAGUCUGCCGUCAUACCCUUGAGCCUAUGGUACAACAUGGGAGAGGCGAAGCAAACCAAAGCGUCUAGCACUGAGACGGACUACACAAAGGGCAAUGAGACAAUUCAUACCGAAACAGUGUCCGUCAGGACGGAGCUACCACUGUCGAUGCAAUCUGCGAUUCUGGCCGGGCUGAGCGGACUCGAGCAGAGGGUGGCGGUGCAAUGCCCGACGGGCAACUGCACCUGGCCCACCUUCACCACCCUCGGUGUUUGUCACCGGUGCCACGACGUCACCGCGGACCUGAGGCGCGUUGCUGGCCGUGAUCUGGAUUCUGUUGUCAACGUCUUGGUUGGCCGCACGUCGACCCUUGUCCCCCUUUACCGUGCAGGGAACAAGUCAGACAUAGCGAAUGUUUCAUACGGCCUGAACAAGUCGACCACAGCAUACACUCUACCCAACGGCCACUUCAUCGCCAACCGUGACAGAUUCGAUGGUCCCAUGUACAACGCCACGUCGUUCGGCACGGGCAACCCGAACGAGACGAACACGAUGAAGGACAUCGACACGCUGAUCUGGGCCAUGAGCCUCAUCUACCCGGCCCCCGACGCAGCCAUCGAUUACUGGUCCGGGUGGCCGGACGCGACGCUGCGAGCGAUGGAGUGCGCCAUCUACUACUGUCUGAAGAACGUGACUUCGUCCAUGCAGGACAGCCAGCUCACCGAGAACAUCACCGAGGUGCCCAGCAUCAGGGAACCGGACUCCUGGCAGCCACUUCCCAUGCGGUACGGGAACGGGACGAAGGUGGACUUCGAUCCGCCGCCAAGCUACUUCAGCCUGGAGUUCAACUCCAUCUACUCGUGUCCCACCUACACGAACCUCGAAUUGCGCGACCCAACCACCAAGCGUGUGUAUCGCGUGGGCGAGGGCUCGGUCAAGUCCAUCAGCUCGUAUCUGCAGAGCCUGUUCUUGUGGAACCGGACGCUCGACGGGCCCGUGCCCGAGCCAGUGCCCGGGGUGCGGGAGCAUUUGGAGAAGUACCACCUGAAUGGCGCUGGGCGAAUCAACGGCGCUUCGUGGGGUCUGUCGCUCAAUGAUGAUGGGAGCAUCAGGAGGGACUUGACCACCACCGUCCCUCCGACGCUGAAGAGCUUCUUGGGGCGGGACCUGAAUGCCACCUUCCACAGCCUGUCCACGAGCAUGACGAACGAGCUACGGAGAGGCGAGGGAGGGGCCCAGGUUGACUAUGUCGAGGGGCGCACGCUGAAGCCGAUCGUGGUGUACGACACGAAGUGGGCUUGGAUGGCGCUCCACGGGACAACGCUGCUGCUGGCGGUUGUCUUCUUCGGUAUCACGCUGUGGAAUUCGGCCGGCGCUGGCGCCGGGGCGGAGCAGGUGCCGCUGUGGAAGAGCAGCACGCUGGCGACGAUGCGUCGCGGCUACGAGGUUGGCCACGUGCUGGAAGGCGCCGGGUCGGUGCCGGAAAUGGAGCGCCUGGCGAGGAAGACAUACAUCGGUAAGCUGCCGAGCGGCGAUCUCGCGGAAUCGGCUGCAUGUAUCGGUACCGCCAGGGAGGGCCAGCCGUCCAUCAAGGGUGAGCCUGACACCGACUGUGUUUCUGCCACGACGGGCGGGUCAGCAAAUAGUUAGGGUAACCAAGACUUGAGUCAUUACAUGUAUAUCAGAAUAGAUAUGAAUGGAAUUUCGCCAGGA